AUGGACGGUGACGGCAAGGAGGACGCCAACAAGCAGCGCCUCGAGUGGGCUACCAUGAACCUGGAGCGCGGCGUCGUCGUCGGCGGCGAGAAGAAUGGUGGCGGCAAUGGCAAUGCGAGCCGGAAGCCGCCGAUAGGCAUCGUCCGGCUCUUCUUGGCCUGCAUGGUCUCCGGCGGCAUCCAGUACGGCUGGGCGCUGCAGCUCUCCCUCCUCUCGCCCUACUCUCAGACUCUUGGGAUCUCGCACAGCUACGUGCCUCUGACAUGGAUCUGCGGGCCCAUCGCCGGAUUUGUGGUGCAACCCAUCGUGGGCUACUACAGCGACCGGUGCACGUCGAAGAUGGGCCGGAGGAGGCCCUUCAUCCUCGCUGGAUGCAUCAUCAUCUGCCUCUCUGGACAGCACGGCCCCAACGUUGGCCAGGCCAUCUUCUCCCUGUGGAUGGCUCUCGGCAGCGUGCUCGGAUACUUGGUCGGCGCCAACGCGAAAUGGCACGAAUGGUCGACUUAUGUGUUGUUGACGCUGCGCUGGUUGCAUGAUCCAUAUGCAUCAGGUGGCUCCCUUGGCUCAAAACCGCGGCGUGCUGCGAUGCCUGCGCGAACAUCCAUACUCAAGGGCGCCUUCUUGACUGCGGUGAUCCUCAUUAUACUCACCAUGUCGGUCACCUUGUGGCUCGCCGGCGAGGAGCUACUCGACAAGGAACACGUCGACGGCGCCUCCGUCGGCGCGUGCUCCGCGUUCGUCGAUCUCUUCAAGAGCCUCAAGAACCUUCCCCCUGCCAUGUUCAGCGUGCUCGCCGUCACGGCCGUCACCUGCCUCUCGUGGUUCCCGUUCAUCCAGUACAACACCGACUGGAUGGGGCGGGAGAUCUUCCACGGCGAGCCGCAGGGCGCGGGCGGCAAGGCGGACCUGUACGACGCGGGCGUCCGCGAGGGCGCCGUGGGCCUCCUCUUCUGCUCCAUCUCGCUGGGCGUCACCUCGUUCCUCAUCCCCAAGCUGUGCCGGAAGCUCACGUCCCGGGUCGUCUGGUCCAUCAGCAACCUCAUGGUGUUCGUCCUCAUGACGGCCAUGGUCUCCCUCGGUGUGGUCUCCAUGAAGGGCUACAAGCCCUCGCUCGCCGCCUCCCUAUAUGUGGCUACAACAUCAACCUGUUGUUUUUUGGCAGCUGUUAAUUUCAUUGCUGGCCUACAUGACGAGCUGUUUCUGCGUUACCCACCCCACCCUCGCGGCACACCGCACACCCAUUUGAGGGCUUGGACGCCUCAACCCCUCCCUCCCAGCCUACAAAUAGGAGGAGCACCCAAGAACGUAACACACCGAGAAGCCGGUUCACGGGUUCCCGUCGCGCAAAACUGCAACCAACUAGCUGCUAGGCACGAGGGCUUGGCGUCGGGAACCCAGCCAGCCGACGGACGAUCGUACGCCGAUGGGCCGCAAGAUCGUCGCCACCCUCGCGCUGGCGCUGCUGGUGCUCGGCGCGGCCGAGGCCCAGGUCCUGCCGACCCCCUGCUGCCGCAUUGA